AUGUCUGAGAUAUUACAAGAUGUGCAAAGAAAACUGAUCUUUCCAAUAGAUUUUCCCAGCCAACGGAAAACAGAAAAAUUUCAACAGUUGUCGCUCACGAUCGGAGCUGUGAUAGCGUGUAUAUUAGGAUUUACACAACAGUCUUUGAAAGUUUUGUUGAUUGCGUAUGGCAUAAGUUGUGUGGUUACUUUGAUAUGUGUUUUGCCAGCUUACCCAUGGUAUAAUAAACAAAAAUUGAGAUGGGCACAGCCAAAAAUUGAAAUUAAUGUCGACCAGUAUGACUAA